AUUAAAAAUUUGCGCAAUCCGCAGUGAUGACGUCAACUGUCCGUAACCUUUAUAAAGACACGUGAUCCGAGGCGUCAGAUUCUCUUUUGCUUAGCGAACGUUGAGAAGUUAGAAGGUUCUUCCACGCUUAACUAAACCAAUAUCAUGGGUAAAGAAAAGACUCAUAUUAACAUCGUCGUGAUCGGUCACGUAGACUCUGGUAAGUCUACUACUACCGGCCAUCUCAUCUACAAAUGUGGUGGUAUUGAUAAAAGAACAAUUGAAAAAUUCGAGAAAGAAGCCCAAGAGAUGGGCAAAGGUUCUUUUAAAUAUGCUUGGGUUUUGGAUAAACUAAAAGCUGAACGUGAACGUGGUAUCACCAUUGAUAUUACGUUGUGGAAGUUCGAAACUCAAAAAUACUACAUCACGGUUAUUGACGCUCCCGGCCAUCGUGAUUUCAUUAAAAACAUGAUUACUGGAACAUCUCAGGCUGACUGUGCUGUCCUCAUUGUUGCUGCUGGUACUGGUGAAUUUGAAGCUGGUAUUUCUAAAAACGGCCAAACUCGUGAGCAUGCUCUUUUGGCCUAUACUUUGGGUGUUAAACAAAUGAUAGUUGGUGUUAACAAGAUGGAUACAACUGAGCCUCCCUUCAGUGAAUCCCGUUUCGAAGAAAUUAAAAAGGAAGUAUCUGCAUAUAUUAAGAAAAUAGGCUACAAUCCUGCUACAGUUCCAUUUGUUCCUAUUUCUGGAUGGAAUGGUGACAAUAUGCUUGAACCCAGCACUAAUAUGCCAUGGUACAAAGGGUGGACCCUUGAACGAAAAAAUACAAAGCUUGAUGGCAAGACCCUUCUCCAAGCUCUUGAUGCUAUGGAACCACCAACUCGCCCACUUGAUAAGCCCCUUAGACUUCCAUUGCAAGAUGUGUAUAAAAUUGGAGGUAUUGGUACAGUACCUGUUGGCAGAGUUGAAACUGGUGUAUUGAAACCUGGUAUGGUUGUUACUUUUGCACCAGUUAAUCUAACCACUGAAGUAAAAUCUGUAGAAAUGCAUCAUGAAGCUCUCAGUGAAGCAGUGCCUGGAGAUAAUGUUGGAUUUAAUGUGAAGAAUGUUGCUGUCAAGGAACUGAGACGUGGCUAUGUCUGUGGUGAUAGCAAAGAUACCCCUCCCAAAUGCACUGAAGAAUUUACGGCCCAAGUUAUCGUAUUAAACCACCCUGGCCAAAUUUCCAAUGGGUACACUCCAGUGUUGGAUUGUCACACUGCUCACAUUGCUUGCAAGUUCAGGGAAAUCAAGGAAAAAUGUGAUCGCCGAAGUGGAAAGAAAUUAGAAGAUAAUCCUAAAUUCAUAAAGUCUGGCGAUGCUGCUAUUAUUGAAUUGGCUCCAACUAAGCCAAUGUGUGUGGAAACAUUUACCGAAUUUCCACCUCUUGGAAGAUUUGCUGUCCGUGACAUGAGGCAAACAGUAGCUGUAGGAGUAAUCAAGGCAGUGAAGACCAAGGACGUCUCUGGUGGCAAGGUGACCAAAGCUGCCGAGAAAGCUCAAAAGAAGAAAUAACUAGCAGAAACCCUACAAAAGGGCCUGCUGGAUCCUUUUGUACCAACUGCACCUUGGCAACCAUAUAAGUUUGACCUUGUGGCUGUUGUUGGCACACAAUUUAAUAGAAAAUAUUCAACUAAGGCAAAUUGCCAUCUAAAACUAAAUUUUCCAUUAAGUAUGAUGUCUAUUCCUUUGUUUCGUGUGAUAAUCUUAUUUUUGAACUUUUGGUUAUUGUGGCACAAAUGCCAUAGGAAAGAAUUCCGAAGGAAAGGUGUUGAGUGCCAUUUUGUAAUAUUGUUGAAACAAUAAAGCCACAAGCAUGUCAAUUUCUGUAAAA